AUGUCUUGCAAAGCCAGAUGCAACUUCUGCUGCAUUUGCUGCAUCUCCAGCACAAUCUAUGCCAUUAUUUUCAUCUUGGUACUUUUCUCCAUCAUCUUUUGGAUAGUGAUCUCACCCUCAAAUGUGACGUUCGGUGUAACUGAGGCCUCCCUCACACAAUUCAACCUCACAAGCAACAACACCUUAUAUUACAACUUCAAAGUCAACAUCACAGUGAUAAAUCCCAACAACAACGUCAUAGUGUACUAUAGGGGUAUCAAAGCAAUUGCAUGGUACAAAGAUAAUGACUUUGCAUGGGUGAACUUAACACCCUUUGACCAAGGUCACAAGAAUACAAGCUUCCUUCAAGCUGUGUUUAAUGGGCAAAGUGUGAUUAAGCUCAAAGAUAAACAACUUGGUCAGUAUAAAGAAGAGACAAAUGUUGGGAUUUACAGUGACUUAGCUGUGGAUUUGGAUCUUAGAAUCAGAGCUAAGUUAGGAAGGUUUAAGAGUAGUCGUUUCAAUCCACCAAUUGUGCAGUGUCGUCGCUUGAGAGUUCCUUUGAUUUCCAAUGGAAAAUCAACACCUACUUUCAAUGUCACCCAAUGCAGCACUGGUUCUUUCUUUGUAGAUCGUGAUGCAUCAUGA